AGAAGCCGGAGCUGCCGAGCCCAGGGCUCGCAGGCGCGCGGAGCCGAGUCUGGGGCUCUCGGAGGACCGGAGCCGCGGUGCCGGGAGCACCAAGAAAGUCCCCUCUGUGCUUCUCAUAAAUUAAGUUCCUUUCCACCAGUUAGGGCAAGUCAGCCAAGGUAGAAAAUGGUUGUCCCUGUUCGCCAACUGUGAAGACUUAGAAUCAAACAACUUCAGCUUUGAUUCUUCAAGUGUUUCAGGAUGUAAAUGUAGUCUAACCUUUCCCCGAUGGGCAGUUAAAUCAUGGACACGCUAAACAAUUUACUUUGGACUGUCCUUCCAAAAGAUGCUUUGGCUUCUCUCUUGAAUGCUCACUAAGCAUUUGUAGCCAACAAGGAAAAGAAGGAGAACUGUGACCUGGAAAGUUAUCUUACAAUGAAAAUUACGAGCACAUCUUGCAUCUGUCCAGUCCUAGUGUGUCUCUGUUUUGUGCAGAGGUGUUAUGGAACUGCUCACCACAGCUCCAUCAAGGGGACCAGAAACCAAACCAAACACAUUGAAGGUGAAACCGAAGUCCACCACCGUCCCAAAAGGGGAUGGGUUUGGAAUCAGUUCUUUGUUUUAGAAGAACAUAUGGGACCAGAUCCACAAUAUGUUGGAAAACUGCACUCCAAUUCUGACAAAGGUGAUGGGUCUGUCAAAUACAUCCUUACUGGAGAAGGUGCUGGGACUAUAUUUAUCAUUGAUGAUACCACAGGUGACAUCCACUCAACAAAAAGCCUGGACAGAGAGCAGAAGACUCACUAUGUGCUUCAUGCCCAAGCUAUUGACAGACGAACAAACAAGCCCCUUGAACCUGAAUCUGAGUUCAUCAUCAAAGUGCAAGACAUCAAUGACAAUGCUCCCAAGUUCACAGAUGGACCAUACAUUGUUACUGUGCCUGAAAUGUCUGACAUGGGUACCUCUGUUCUACAGGUGACAGCCACUGAUGCAGAUGACCCUACCUAUGGCAACAGUGCUCGGGUGGUUUACAGUAUUCUCCAGGGACAGCCCUACUUCUCUGUAGACCCUAAAACAGGAGUUAUUAGAACUGCCUUACAUAAUAUGGACAGAGAAGCCAGAGAACACUACUCAGUGGUCAUUCAAGCCAAAGACAUGGCUGGGCAAGUUGGAGGGCUUUCAGGAUCCACCACAGUCAACAUCACCCUGACAGAUGUCAAUGACAACCCACCACGGUUUCCUCAGAAGCACUAUCAGCUAUAUGUUCCUGAGUCAGCUCAAGUUGGUUCAGCUGUUGGGAAAAUCAAGGCAAAUGAUGCAGACACUGGUUCAAAUGCUGACAUGACAUACUCCAUCAUUAAUGGUGAUGGUAUUGGCAUAUUCUCCAUCUCCACUGACAAAGAGACCAGAGAAGGGAUCCUUUCCUUAAAGAAGCCACUGAACUAUGAGAAAAAGAAGUCAUAUACCCUCAACAUAGAAGGAGCAAAUACACAUCUUGACUUUCGCUUUUCUCACUUGGGUCCUUUUAAAGAUGCUACCAUGUUGAAGAUUAUUGUUGGGGAUGUGGAUGAACCACCACUAUUUUCCAUGCCUUCCUAUGUCAUGGAAGUGUAUGAAAACGCUAAGAUUGGGACUGUCGUCGGCACAGUUUUGGCACAAGAUCCCGACAGUGCCAAUAGCUUAGUAAGAUAUUUUAUCGACUAUAAUGCUGAAGAUGACAGAUUUUUCAACAUUGAUGCCAAUACUGGAACUAUUAAGACUACCAAGGUUCUCGAUAGAGAAGAAACUCCAUGGUACAACAUCACAGUUGCUGCUUCAGAAAAUGACAAUCCUGGUUUGCUGAGCCAUGUCACAGUGGGUAUUAGAGUUUUGGAUGUCAAUGACAAUCCACCCGAACUUGCCAGAGAAUAUGAUAUUGUCGUCUGUGAAAACUCUAAGCCUGGCCAGGUUAUUCAUACCAUCAGUGCCACCGAUAAGGAUGAUUUUGCCAAUGGACCAAGGUUUAACUUCUUUCUUGAUGAACACCUGUCUGUAAACCCAAACUUCACUCUGAAGGACAAUGAAGAUAACACAGCCAGCAUUCUGACAAGGCGGAGGAGAUUUAGUCGAACUAUUCAGGAUGUGUAUUAUCUCCCCAUUAUGAUCUCUGAUGGUGGAAUCCCCUCUCUCAGCAGCAGCAGCACCCUCACCAUCAGGGUUUGUGCAUGCGAGAGAGAUGGGCGCGUGCGGACCUGCCAUGCAGAAGCCUUCCUGUCCUCGGCUGGUUUGAGUACAGGAGCCUUAAUCGCUAUCCUUCUGUGUGUUGUUAUUCUCCUAGCAAUUGUAGUUCUUUUUAUCACCCUGAGACGCAGCAAAAAAGAACCCCUGAUCAUUUCAGAGGAGGAUGUGCGGGAGAAUGUGGUCACUUACGAUGAUGAGGGCGGCGGCGAGGAAGACACGGAGGCUUUUGACAUCACUGCCUUGAGGAACCCAUCUGCUGCUGAAGAGCUCAAGUAUCGGAGAGACAUCAGACCGGAAGUGAAACUCACUCCCAGGCACCAGACGUUGGCCACCCUGGAAAGUAUAGAUGUUCAGGAAUUUAUUAAGCAAAGAUUGGCGGAAGCCGACCUAGACCCUAGCGUGCCCCCUUAUGACUCUCUUCAGACUUAUGCCUAUGAGGGUCAGAGGUCGGAAGCUGGGUCCAUCAGUUCGCUGGAUUCAGCCACCACACAAUCAGACCAGGAUUAUCAGUACCUUGGAGACUGGGGACCCGAGUUUAAAAAGUUAGCUGAACUCUAUGGAGAAAUCGAAUCUGAAAGAACAACUUAGGGGGGGGUCAGUUCUUGGAACCUUCUAGAAUUUGCUUCCUGAGCAAGUGGAGAUAUAACCUCAGCAGUGGCAAAGAAGAAGCUUGGAAACAGUACUUGGAACUGAGCAAGCUGAGUACAGCUGUGAGAAACAAGUGCCCUUUUCAUGAUGGAAACUGGGUUAUUUAAUCAGAAGAAAGUCAAAUUAAAAAAAAAAAUACGGAGAAAAAGCUAUUGUUUCUUGUGUAUAUUUUCAAUUGCUCAAUAAAGUCUGUGUACUGUUUAAUGAAGAAUACCUGAAUUAUGCCAAACAAUGAUAUUUGUUUCCAUAUUUUGUGGUUUCCUUUCAAAAGCAAAACUAAACAAAUGGUUCACAAUCACGUAUGACUCUGAUUUCUAGGGGUGGUGCACUGCAAAAUGAAACUGGUGAAGGUAAUCACGACCUCUUUUUUCCACUUUUCUGGGUGGUUUCUUGAGACCCACACCCUGUUAUUGUGUGACACAUCUAAUUAGCUUUGUCUUGUGUUGAAAUGACAUGAGAUAUUUCCAAAAUACCACGCCAUCAUGGACUUGUAUGUACCGUUUUCCUUUGCCCUCCCCAAUUUUUUUCUCCAUACAAAACUGAUGGAGCAUGGGGAUUUGCUGCUUGCACUAUGAUGUAUGCAACUUCUGUGCACCCGUUUGCACAACUGCUCUGAACUAUGGAGACUUGUGGUCUCUGUCCUGCCUGCCCGCCUUUAUUUUAACAGGAGAACCCCCUUCUUAAAGAAAUGGAUAGACUGAAUGUCUUAAGAUAUGCUCAGAUCAUCUAUAUGUCAGGGAAAGACUUAGUUUUUAAUAGUGACUACAAACUUUAUCCUAUACAAAGCGCUGAGGAACUCUACUCUUUCUUUGUCCCUCAUUUUUUUAGUUCUUUUUUAUCAGCCAUUCUGAUUAUUCCAGUACCUAAAAUUGGCUGUCCAUAAUUUUGCUGAUUGAUUUAUGCUUCAGUAUAAUUUGUAUAUUUUUAACAUGGCAGUCACCAAAUCAUGUGCCUCACUGAAAACUAUGUGUUCUGAAAAGACUAUCCUCCAAUUUUCAUAAACUUCAGAGACUUAUGAUUGACUUGUCUUUAUUUCUCACAGAGGCUCAUACUUUCCCCAUCUCACUGAUUAGCCCUUUAUGUUUGGAACCUAGAAAAAUGUGUAGGAUUAGGAGCACAAAAUUAGGGGGUUCACACUUAUUAUUCUCAGACAUGUGCCCUAAAGUUACUGCGCUUCAGUGUCUCAAACUACAAAGUAGAGAUGCAGAGAUUUCCCUGCCUACCUUGUUGGUUUAUGUGAGGCUCAAUAAGCACCUGCAAAAAUGUUUUCCUAACGGAAAAGUGUUCUGUUAUGUAAAAGCUCACAGACACUAUCUAAUUUUCUAAUUUCAUUAGCUUAUAUAGUAACAUACAUUUUGAAUAAAAUACUAUAUUAUCAUGGGAGAAUUUCAUGAAACUUUCGACAGUGAGGCAACUGCUAACUGAACAUAUAAAAGUUUAAUUAUUUUGAUUUUUUUACAAAUAAGCUGUUUCUCAAAAUUAAUAUUUUUCCCCUAAGUUGUUUAGAUAAUAGUUCGCUGUUGCUGAUAUUAGCCUUGAAAUAAAAAUUCAUAGCAUUAGCAAAAAUGAACACAUUUAUGUAUUUCAGAUUAAUUGGAAUUUUGAAACGCUCAAAUUAAGGUUUACUUCAAGGGAAAGGUUUUCCUUUGCUCUUUAAAUGUAUUAUAAUCUAAAGUCCUCAAAAGUUAUAUGACAUUUUCUGUCUAAUUCUGAUGUGCAAAUUUUGGGAUUUUGCCUUUGUUUGCAACUGCCCUGUGAUAUUCAGUUCUUAGGUAUGGGAAGUAGUAAAUUUAAUUUGAAUAUUUCUCAAUUUGUGUUUUAAGCCUGAGGAAUAAAAUGUAAUUUAAGUUUUUUACAACAUUUUAGCUUUCCAGAUGCUGCUUUAUCAUUUUUUUAAUAUUAUAAAUGGUAUGCAUUCCGGUAUAAAGAUAAAUCAAAAGAGACACUCUGGGCUUUGGCGAAUAACUCUGGAGACACGUAUUCUGGUUAUGCUAAUGCUGGACUAACAUUCACCCUGAAAGAAGGGUACAUGUUUGGAGAAGGACUGUGGAUACUGGUGUUUUGAAUUUUCUAUGCAAAGAGGACCAGGAAAACCAGGUUUUGGAAGUCACUUAGGCUUUUGGAUUUAGAUUUUCGAUAAACUAUUCAUGGCUUUUGUUUUUUUUUUUUUUUUUUGAUAUUCAUAUGGCAAAUUUACAGGUAAAGUCUUGAAAGAUGAGAAUGUGUGAAUAUGUUAAACCACUUACUUAAAAGUCAAGGUCCUCUGCAUGGUUUUGAGUAUGAAAAUAUAUCCCUGAUUUUGUAGGAAGUGCACUCCAGAUCCAUCUCAUUUUAAUAACAUACUAUAAUAAUAAUGGAUCACUUCUAAGCCCCUGAUUUAAAUCUUAUAUAGAGGCAAAAUGGAGCUUCUGUAGUAUUGAAAUGAUAUUUCCUAUGUUGAUUUAUUUCAGAAUUUUGUUAAGGAAAGCAUUUCAAAUAUGAUUUUUAAAUAGAAAUGCUGAAACUAGGCAAUAAUAUCAUUAUUAUAAGUAUAAAUGAUAAAUGAUAUAGUUAUCAUUAUUAUAAAUAAUAAUAUUGUUAUUAUAAAUAUUAAAAAUGAGUCUCAUUUUUUUACUGGGCUACUUUAAUCAAAAAGAAAAUAGUAAUGUAUAAAUGUUUUGCAAAAGGGCCAAAGUCAUUUAACAUUCAAUAUCUUGCUUUAAAAACUUCAGUUUCUCAGUGUUAAAAGGUAAUUCUCAGAGAGUUUAGUGGGCAACAAUUUGCACAUAAUCUGAGCUCUCUCUAGCCACAGAUAGUCAGAUUACCACAGAUAAUCAUAAUUCCAUAUGGAUUUCAUGGAAUCAGCUAUGGAAUCACUAGUGUACCUCAGCACGUUGUUAACCUUGGUUGAUAUUUACAGCUCUAAAUAAAAUAUAACUUUGAAAUCAAUUUACUUAUUUCCAAUAAAAGAAUUUUCUACAGACAGACCCUAUUCAAUGUUGUGGCUGCUAAAAUAGAGGAAAUACAAAUAGCUAUAAUUUUUAUCCAAUAUGUUUCUUAAUUAGAAUUUAUAAAUUCCAAAUAUACUUUGUAAAAACACAGGUCUUGCAGAAAUGACUAAAGACAUCAUCGUAGAUUCUUUCUAUGACACAUUUGUAUAUACACAGAUUUCAGGAGAAAUUUGAAGUGGAAAUUAUCCCUAAGACAAUGCUGUAUACAAAGUUAAGUUGUGACUUUCCCAUAACGAGGUAUAAGAAGUAAAACAUUCUGAGAAAUAUGGCAUUCAUAUAACCGCACACACAUACACACGCAUACACACAGAUAUAAUGUCUUCUUGAAGAAUAUUUAGAGAGUAAAAGAAUAUUCAAAAUAGUGACUUAGAUAUUGAUAUGAUCCAAAUAUGUGAUGCAUACAAAAUUUUAGUACCUAGCAUAUGCAAGAUUCAGCUAGAAGUUAAGGAACUUUUUGUGGCUUUUAUUUUGUGCCUAACCUUCAGUGCUUUCCAUGAUUAAGUGUAUUCACAGAUAUGGCUUCACAGAGUAGACAAAAUUAUUAAAUACGUCAAAAUUUUAGAAGUGAUGAUUUAAUGGACAUGAUGUGGCUAUUAAAUGACUACCAAAUGUUUGACUUAGACUCUUAGUGUCCUACAGUGUAGUCAGAAUAUGGAUAGAAGAAGGGUCUACUCUUUUAAGCAAUGCUGAAAGCUUAAAUAAAUGAUUAGUCACUGUUUUCUUUGUUUAUAUAUACCUGCACCCAUAAUUUUGAUUUGCUGUCCUUUGGAUUUAGUUGAAUAAAUAGGGAGAAUACACAAAAAAAUCAGGUAGUCAUUCUUAGGAACAGCCAUUCAACUGAGUGUGGUCAUAGGAAACAUGCAUAGAUUCAAUACUUUUGAAUUAGAUCUUCAUCUGCCUUUUAAUGUAGACAGUUCUUCAGCUAUUCAACAAAGCAGAACUCUGAAGGUGAUUAUUUUGGAAAGAGGCAAGAGUCCCAUUUUGCAAACUCACAUUUUACUUAGCUUCAAGGUAUGGUAACAUUCAAUUAAUUUACUUGGUUUCGAUUUCAAGAACAGAAUUAAUCUCAGAACGUACUUGGGAGAUAUGUGAUUCAAAUUUAAAUUCUCUUUCUUUUUUUUUUUUUAUCCUUUAGGAUUAAAGGCAAAUUAAAUAUUAUCUGAAGGAAAAACUACUUCAACUUUUAUUUUCUACCUCACCUACAGAAGGUAAAUCUUUUUAUAAUAUAGGAUUAGAAAUCUCAUGAACCCUACUGCCAAAAGUAGUUUACAAUAUUUUAAAGCUAAAACUAGCACGGACCCCAUACAUUUUUUUCAGAUUCUAAAUACAUCUUUUUAAAAUGAUAAUAUUAAUUGAAACGGUUUUUAGCAUGUCAAAAGAUAUGUAGUUUUUUCUUAUAACAAUGAAAGAGGUAGUAAAUGAUUUUUGUUUUUGUUUUUAAUAAGAGAUCCAAGAAAAACAGAACAUAUUCUUAUUUGAAGGAUGAUGCAAAAAAAAAAACAAAAAACAAAAAAAACCUUUUAGGCUAGUGAGGAAUGAUUACAUUUAUCUACUGGGUCUAUGAAAAUGAAGGAUUUUGCCCUUCAACAUUACAGAGAUAUCAAAUCUAUUUUAGCAAUGAUUUGUUCUUAAAGUCUUAGGUGAAAGUGGAUGGAGAAAAUAGGCAUUCAAAGACUCUUGCAAUUACAUUCCUUGAGGAAGGAAUGCACCAUUUAUAGAUUAAAGUGAACUCAUCAGAUGGUUUCUUCUUAUUACCCAGCAAUAUUAGCUUUGGAAAUAAAGAAAUGGGCUGUAAUAGUUAGUGUCACCCUAAUGGUUAUAUCAAGGCAAUAUUUCUUCUGUCAAAAUGCAUCAAAUUCUUACUCCAAAGCAUUCACUGCUAUUUUCAAAGUGCCAUCUCAACCGCCUGUUUCAAAUAAAUCUAACAUUUACUUAUUGAGGAAGUUCUUCUAAACCUUCGUUGUAUGUAAGAUGCUAUUCCAAGCACUGUGAAGGAUAUGAAAAAGGAAGUGUCUGGGUGAUAGGUUCAGAGGGAGUUAGAAGCAGAGGGAGCUGAUCAAACAUUUGUCCAAAUGUAUAUUAUUCCUUAUGGAAUAGAGGACUUAUGCAGGGAAAUGACGUAAUGUAAAAUGUUCGGAGAAGUUAGAUUUAGAUUUAAGACAAUUCACUGGAACUUAUUCUUCAACCAAUGUCAUUGUGUUCAUUUUUUGCCUAAAUAGAAAAGUGACUAUGGCCAGAUAUCUCUUUAAAGAAACUUAAUCUUUCAUUAAUAUCUAUCAUUUAGGAAAGAGAUAUUAAAGAAUUGUUAUAGAGUCAUGUGUACCUACAGAAGUACUAUUGGACUAUUUUAAUUAUUUUCAAAAGGCAACUACCCCAUUUUAAGAAUAUAUAUUGAGAAAAGAAAAAAAGAGUCGUAGGUCAUUUAUGUUUUAGGGCUUAAUUUUUGGAGACAUUUAAUUUGAUCAAUUUAUUCAUCCUAAUGUAAAUAAAUUAAAAUGAGGGCAAAGGAGGUACUUUUUUUGGGGGGGGGAGAUACUUUUAAGAAUAGUAUUUAUUCAUGUAAAUUUAUUCCUAAAUGGAUAAAUGUGUCUAUCCUCUACAUUUAUCAUUUUAGGUAUAAAAACGUUUUUAGACUAAGAAGAAAUAAUAUCCGAAUACCAAAGACCAAACUGAUGCCUUAUUAAAACUGCAUGUCAUUUUUAAUUAAGUAUUUUAAGACAAAAUAAAAGAUGUCAGGGACUCUAGUGUUUCCUUAUAUAAAAUUUGCAUUUGGAUAUAUUUUCAAAAAGAGAUGAUAUCAUAAACAUGAAGAUUCAAUGUUGCUUUUUUAAUAUCACAGGUAGAGGUAGAUUUCUUGGAUUUAGCAAUCCCUACUUUUAUAUUUUCUGUUUCUCACUUUUUCUUCUUUCACAUUUACUUGCUUUUUUUUUAAAACAACCUAUGAAAAGCUGUUUGAGCAAUUUCUAUAUUUCGUGUAUUUUUCAGAACAUAUUCAAGAAAAUGUUUUUCAGAAAUAGAAAGUAGUUAGGUUUUUCAAGGUUUAGAUUUCGUCACAUUUGCUCUCCCUCUAUCACCAGUCAUGCUCUUCCUCACCAAAAAGUAAUAAAAGAAAAUUAUAUUCAAGAAAAUACUCUUGUGAUAGUCACUUUCUGUGAGCUUGAAAUUUCCUUCUAUGAUGUAGUUUGAUUUUUUGUUUUAGCUCUUGCAGCACUCUGCAUUUCCAAUCAUCUCAAAGUCAUCCUGUCUUUAUUCUUCCAAAGACAGAUGGGGAAGAAAGUCUUUUUUGUUCAUGUGAAAUUUGUUUCAAACAUGUCAAAUGGCUUGGAUGAUCCAUUUCAUUAGCCAAUGAAAUUAAAAAUGAAAUUAAGCUAGUGUUUCACUCUUUUCAAAGCAUUUUUAAUUUCAUGUUUUAAAAGUUUAAAGUAAAAUUAUAAUUUUUAAAAGAGUUGGUAUUAUUAUAUGGCUACCCUUUACUUCAAAGGAAAAUUAGAAAGUUGUUUUUUUCCAGAAAAACUAACAUUGUAUAAGCCUCUCAAGUUUCAUCACCUAAGUGCUAUUUUUCUCUUUUCAAUUGCAAGAAAUUUCUCAUUGAUUCCACAAUGAUAACAAAUUGGAAGUUAGCUUAUCAAUAAAAAUACAUCAUUAAAAUUUAAUUAUAUCCAGUUUAGGUUAAAAUACAAUGCUUAAGCUUCUUUUAAUUUGCACUUUGAUAAAUUCUCCUCAGAAUGUGUUUUCCAAGGCAUGGAAAGAUAAACACUCCUUUCCUGCCUGGUAUUAAUAUUUGUAAUUUCCUUUCACUGUCUAUUCUUAAAUUAGAUGUCCUGCCCAUCAAUUGCUAUCUCAGUUUCAGUUUGAGUGUGAGUAAUCUAGGAAAAUGAAAGACCUUAUUAGGGCAAAUAGUCUUAAAAAAACAAAAACAAACAAAACAACAGCAACAAAAUACAGGUCACAGCUCGGCUUUCUUGAUUCCUAAUCAAUGCCUUGAAUUAAAAUAUAGAAAUGGAAAAUAUUAACAGAAAAUAUUUAUACUUAGAUUAACAAGGGGGAAAAAUAUACCUUUAGGGUUUUGUGUCCAGGAUUGAGAACAUGUCAGGAAUCUGUGACUAUACCAUCUUGUAUAAGUUUAAAUGCCUAUUCAUUUAAAGUAGUUAUAACAUCUUUAUAUUUACCUCACAGAAUUGUUAUGAAUACCAGAUGUAAUCUUGUGUGUGAAACACAGACAUGAGUAAAAGUUCUUGGCAAAUUGAGUAGUUUUAUUAUUAUGGUUUCUUUUUUCUCCCUCAACAUCCCCCAACCUUUGGCCUCAGAAGAUUGAGACUUGGAUUAUAUAUUACAAAUAUGAAGGCUUUGCAAAUUUCAACACAGACUAAGCAUGGUGCUAUAUUCCCCAUCCAAGCAGACAAAGAAAAGAGCCAUUUAGUAUUAGCAUAUCCAAACCUUUCCACCAUGCAGAGAAAAAAAGGGAAAGACAAUCUGUUUCACUAUAUGCCUUGGAUUUCCAUGAAUACCUUUAGUACAUAAAAAUCUAAAUAUAAGAUUAAACUUAGAAAUUAGAAUAGUGUUACAAAUUAUAUUUACUCUUCUGUGUUUUGGAUCCUUUUUUUAAAAAAUAAAAAUCAGUUUCCUUUGUUGAUAUAAUUGUUUUAGGAAGAAGAAAAAAGAAGUUUCAUAAUUUUUUUGGAAGAAAUAUUGAAAUAUUUAUAGCAAGGAUAUUUGGAGAUUCAUUAAAACUCUUUAAAAUUCAAGAGAAACAAAUCUUAUUAGCAUAACCAUGAAGUAUAUUUUUCACAAUUAAGGAAACACAUUUCCAUGAUGUCUGAGAGCUCAUUGGAGGGAAUUAAAGCCAGCAUGUUAUUAUAUAAUAAUUAAUAAAUACCCAAUAUAAUAAACGCUCAAAUAUCUGUGCUUGGAAAUUCUUACAUAGAAUAGAUAUGAUUCAGGAUCUAGGAGAAAACCUAGCAUUUCAUGCAAAUUCUGUUUUCUUCCACAAUCCCGAAAGCAUCAGGUGUUAAUUUUUAUUGAGACAUUAUUAAUUGUGAUAGAGUUAUAUUUCCAACAAAGAAUAGAAUCUAUUCUCCAAUUUUAAUCAAAGAAGAAUUUUUCCAUUUCAGGAAGCAUUGAACAAAAUAAAAAUGAUUUCUUUAGAGACUAAUCCAUACCCAGCCAGACAAUAAAACUUCAUAUUCCACAUAUAGGAAAAAAAAACACUUGUUUUCUCAAAAUAUAGCUUCCCUUUGACAUCUGUAACUUUUAUUAGCACACAGUAAUUUAAGAAUGUUAGGACAAGUCUUUCUGGAGACAAGAUACAUUUUGAGAGAAUUGCUGCUUUUCUCUAUAUCCUGAUCACACACCAGCUCUUUUCUGCUAAAUGUCAGUGUCAUUCCUUGUUGGCGGACAUGAUAGAAGUCACUGAGUAAAUAAAGUAACAGAAUUCCACAACUUUCCCUUUUUCUCUCCCACACCUUAUUUUGUUUCAACAAACAAAUUUUACAGCUAGGACUUUUCUCAAAUCCCUCUGAAGUCCUUCUCAGUAGCCACUUAUUUUUCUGUCAGUUAGUUAAAGGAUUGUUCUCUCAAGUUUUCAUUCAGCCUUUCCAGCAAAAAAAAAAAAGAGUAUUGAAGAAGUUCCAAAAAAAAAAAAAAAAAAG